CCCCAGCUGUUCACUUGUCAAGGCAAAUGAUAUUUUGUGUCUAACAUCAUCAUAGAUAUAGAAGAAUCUUCUUCUAUAUCUAUGCUAACAUCUAUGCUAACAUCGAUCACAAUUUAUCUAAACGCUAUGCCUCUUGAUCGAAUGAGAAUACCGGGUCCAGAAGACUCAAAGCCCCCGUUUGUAUACGAAACUCCUUCAGGUGUGGACGUUUCUAACUUGGUCAAAACAAAUGGGUGCAGGAAAGAUGGAAGAAAGGCCGACCACAUAAGACCAAUGUUUAUCAAGUGUGGUAUAAUAAGUCAGGCACAAGGGUCUGUCUACAUAGAAUUUAACAACACCAAGGUUAUAUGUGGAGUGUAUGGUCCACGAGAGUUUGGCAAAAGAGAGGACUUUAGCAUGAAUGGUCGUCUAACAUGUGACUUCAAGUUUGCUACAUUCUCUUGCAAGCAGCGCAGGCAACACCAACAGGAUGCAGAAGAAAAAGAAUUGUCACAACUGUUGCUCCAGAGCCUCUCUCCAGCUGUGUGUCUACACAAGUUUCCAAAGGCUCAGGUUGAUAUCUACGUGAUCAUUCUUGAAAAUGAUGGCAGCGCACUUUCAGCGGCUGUGACCUGUGGCUCUCUCGCAUUAGCUGAUGCUGGGAUUGAGAUGUAUGACAUGGUGGUAGCCUGCUCUGCUAGGAAAUAUUUCAACAGUAUACUUUUGGACCCAACAGCUGCAGAAGAGAUUGUGCCGAUGAAGACAAAUGAAUCUGUCGAUGAAGGGGAAAUGACAGUUGCAUACAUGCCAUCUCUUAACCAGGUGUCAGGUUUGAUUCUGAAAGGGGAGAUGCACACUCAAGUCUGUGCUCAGAUAAUGAAAUCAUGUUUGGAAGGCUGCAACUUGAUCUACCCUGUAUUACAGCAGAGUUUAAUUACAAGUAUAAGAAAGAGCCUAAGUAACGUAGACCUUCAGGGUAGCAAAGAAUUAUGAUGGACUACAUUCAGAACACAUCUUGUAUAUAUAUAUUCUCAUGAUUAUCCCGCAUUGUAUGUCUUUUAAUAAACAGAGUCCAGCAUGGUUUUUUUCACAAAAGCAA